UUCCUGUGGCCACGUCUCCCGGAAGGUUUAUCCGGAUGCCUCUGCGGGCUGACGGUAACCGCUGUCAAGUUUGCCUCCUUUUCACCCUGUCUCGAUAUUUCGAGUCCGCUUUGGGCUCUUGAUUAAAGGGAUAGUGGCAGAAUCGGUGUCGAAAGAAAUCCGGGGUUGAAUGUUGGAUGAUAAAAUUCCAUAUACUCUUUGAUUUCCAUUAUGUCUUGGUUUGCUGACCUGGCUGGCAAGGCAGAGGACCUUCUCAAUAGAGUAGACCAAGGAGCUGCAUCAGCUUUAAGCAAGAAAGAAGAUGCAAGCGGUGUACACUACGUUAGUAGCCAGGUGGAUGAUGUCAGCGUGUAUCCCAAGCCAUAUAAGGCCAGAGAGCAGCAAGGACAUGCGUCAUCUACAUCAAGCUUUAUCUCAUCAGCAGCAGACAACAUUAAACAUCAAAAGGCAACAAUUUUAGCAGGAACUGCCAAUAUUAAGGUAGCAUCCAGGACCUCUGUGGAAGGAUCUCCAUCCACGGAAACAGCUUCUGUGUCCAGACCCUCUUUCCAAUUUGUGAGAAGGAAAAAAUCUGAACCAAAUGAUGAACUCCUGUUUGACUUUCUGAAUAGUUCUGAAAAAGAACCUAAUGGGAAAAAGGACCUGAAAAGGGAGAAGAGCAAAGCAGCCACUGUUCAAAAUCAUUCUCGGACUUCAAGUAUUAGUUCUGUGUCAGCAAGUUCACACAGCAUCAAAACAGGGGAAGAGCCUUCCAUUCGAAGUCAAGACAAUGAGACAUCUGAUAGUUCCAGUUCUGGAUUGGAGACUGAUGUGGAUAUUAAAAAGGAUUCACUGCAGACCCCAGAAAUGAAUCCCAAUCUUAAUCUUAAUGAUGGUAAAUCACAUGAACUGUCCAAUCUUCGCCUUGAAAAUCAACUACUGCGUAACGAAGUGCAAUCUUUAAAUCAAGAAAUGGCAUCAUUGAUUCAGCGAGCCAAAGAAACCCAAACAGAAUUAACCAAUGCCCGGACAAGAGUUGAAAAGUGGAAUGCUGACAAUUCAAACAAUGACAGACUUGUUCGGGAACUUCAAGCUCAAGUUGAUGAUCUGACUGAAGCUGCUGCUGCCAAGGAUUCCCAACUGGCUGUCCUCAAAGUGAGAUUACAGGAGGCUGAUCAACUUCUGAGUUCACGCAGUAAAGCCCUGGAAACUCUGCAGAAUGAAAAAUCAAGAAUAAUACAGGAUAAUAGUGAAGGCAACAGCCUGCACAACCAAGCCCUUCAGACUCUUCAGGAACGGUUACAUGAAGCGGAGUCCACUCUUAGGCGGGAGCAAGACAACUACAAGCAGAUGCAGAAUGAAUUUGCAACUCGCCUAAGUAAAAUGGAAGCUGAACGUCAGAACUUGGCUGAAGCUAUAACUGCAUCCGAGAGGAAAUAUGUGGAAGAGAAACGGAAAUCAGAGGAAUUUCAACAGCAAAUUAAAAUAGCCAAAGCUAACUUGGAGUCUGCUAAGCAAGAGUUGGUGGACUAUAAGCAGAAAGCUACACGCAUACUUCAGUCUAAGGAAAAGUUGAUAAACAGUCUGAAAGAAGGCUCCGGUAUUGAAGGUCUGGAUAGUCAAACAGCAAGCAUUAUGGAGUUAGAGGAACUGAGGCAUGAACGGGACAUGCAAAAGGAAGAAGUACAGAAGCUGCGGGGCCAAAUGCAACAGCUGAGAAUUGAACUACAGGAUAUGGAAGCACAGCAGAUAACUGAAGCAGACUCCACAAGAGAGCAAAUUCAGGAUUUGCAGGAUCAGAUUGCGACGCACAAAACAGCCAAACAAGAAGUAGAGGCUGAACUGGAGAGGCAGAAACAGGAACUCCGCUAUACUGAGGAAGAACUGUAUAGGACGAAGAAUUCUCUGCAAAGCCGAAUAACAGAUAGAGAGGAGGAGAUCCAGAAACUAAGAAAUCAGCUAACGAACAAAACAUUGAGCAGCAGUAGUCAAACAGAGUUAGAAAAUCGGCUGCAUCAGUUGACAGAGACGCUAAUUCAGAAACAAACCAUGCUGGAGAAUCUCAGCACAGAAAAAAAUGCUUUAGUCUAUCAACUGGAACGACUGGAGCAGCAGCUGAAAACCGUCCAGGGAGCUUCAGCAAAUGGCUCCUCCAUUAAUAUGGCAGGAAUUGACCACAGUGAAGGCACUCGCAUGCGAAAUGUUCCUGUCCUUUUUGCUGACAAGCUACACUUACGCCGCCUCUGCCGCCGUGUGGAAAAAAAUAAAAGUUCAAUCAGCCAAUUCAGCAUUCGACUUGGAAUCUUUCUGCGCCGAUAUCCCAUUGCAAGGGUAUUUGUAAUCAUUUACAUGGUCCUGCUUCAUCUUUGGGUCAUGAUUGUUCUACUUACAUACACACCAGAAAUGCAUCAUGAUAAUCCAAGUGGGAAGUAGACCAGUCUGGAAGAGACUCGUUUAUGCAAUAUACACUGAAUUUGAAAAAGAAUCCAAUAAAGACUCUUUGAAGAGAAAAGCUUUUGUCAAUAUUUGAACAACCAUUACAUCUUUUCUUUGGCUGCUUCAGCAAAAUUAAAUAACACAAGGGGUCUAAGCUUAGUACCUGUAAAAACAAGCAACUUCUUCGGGAAAAGCUACUAAGUGAACUGCUACUGCCAUCUUUCUUCAUCCCUCUUUUUUGUGGUACACUCAUGUCAAGCAUAGAAACCUGGUUUGUGGUACACUCAUAUAUGCAUAGAAACCUGGUUUUAAGACUAUAGAUGUAUAUGUAACAUAAUGUAUUUUUGAUUCUACAGGGCUAUCGUCCAAAAAAUAAAUGUAC